AUGCUUGAUAUUCCCACUAGCGGCUUGGACUUCUUGAGUUUUCUUUACAGCAUCACUAAGUUUGCGCAAUUCGAUGUGAAGACACAUCUAAGCGCCAGGGAAGCGAGCAGCAUUGUUAUCCUCGCGUCUCCUAUUGUCUUGGUCCGUUUUAUUCUAAGUGAAAGCGAGUCCAGGGUGUAGCGCAUCAUAAACUGAACUCUUGAAGCUUCCAUUUGAGUCAUUAAUUCACUAGAUACUUUAUUGUCGGUUAAAGUUACUAUAAAAUGAUACCAAGCUUCAAUAUUCGCUUCAUACAAUGGAGAUUCGUUGCUACUAUUGUUUUCUUCUUCAAUUUUGGAAUCUGUAUCCAUUGUACUGGCUGGAUUUGCUAAAAUAUACUCAAUAAAUCGCUCCCAGUGGUUGUCUUUGUACAAAAAAAUCUCUAAAUUUUUUGUAAAAUCAUUCUCAGGCAACAACGGAGGCGCUGAUUCAAACAAUUCAAGCGUUGCAAUGUCUAUUAAAUAAGCGUACCCUCGAGAGCCAGAAACCAGCGGUCUAAACAACGGAGCGAACAUUUGGUUCCAAAACUUUUCACGUUUUCUAAAAUAAUUAACAAGAAUUGUAUUGCGGUUGUACCAAAUUGCGCGGAUUAAAUUCAUUGUGUUAUCAUAAAGUUUGUCAUAAACAAUUUCCUUCUCUUUAGAAAUCCUUUCUAAGUAGAGUUCAAUAAAGUGGCUGCAACCUUCGGUUAAAAAUUGAUCAGCAGAUUUUGGAAACAUUCUUUUCUGCUCCGCUUGGUGCAUAAUAUUAAACAGCGCUUCGGUCAAUCCUGGUUGUCGUUCCAAACAAACUGCCACUAGCUCCAAUAUCGUGACCUUGACUUUAGCUGAGCAAGUUGGAGACAUCAAACGCGAGGCAAAGGUCACUCGAAUGGACGUUCCGUCCAUGCCCAUGCAGACCAAAAGCGACAUGGAAAAUCCCUGAGCGAAUUUUUUUAACAAACUGACUGCCAUUGCUUGCAAAGAAGGACUAAAUUCGACGUAUAAAUAAUUAACAAUCGUCGGUACGAUUAACAAUCCAGUAGGCAGCGAUGGUGAAGUGUACAGAGCUACUUCUAAAGGAGAUCUUUCAUCGUCGCUGAGUCCUAGACUCUGUCUGAACAUCAAAAGCCGGUUUACCAAUGAAAGAGCUAGCCUUACACUCUCGAUAACUUUGAACCCUUUUCCGCUGAUCCAAUCAGACUCGUUCAUCAUUUGGUUCCUUAGAUUUCUUUCUCCGGUUCUUACAAGCUUUAAUAAAGCAUGCCGAGGCUCUAAAUAAAGAAGACUAUAAGCAACAACUAGCUGAAGCUUUUUUCUAGGGUCGUUUUUUGGUAAAUUUACAUCCAGCGCGUGGUGAAUGCAAGACAUUGACUUGAGCCAGAGCUCAAUUCUUUCCGUCUCGGAGGUAAAGUACCAAGAGUCUAACUUCGGCAAGACUCCUUGGAGUAAAAAAACCAUCCCUGGGAUCUCCAUGUUGUACAUCGCUUCCUCGCUGUGUUUAGACACUAAAUAAUUAUACAGAGUGUCCAAAUAAGCAUUGAGAAUCGGAUAACGAUGCUCGAUAGUUUCAAUUCCGGACAACCAAGAUGCAACAAGACCUCCAUCGAAGGAAAAUGCACGAGCUAGUUCUUUAAUAUCUUGAUACCAGUCGUUGAACUUCGGGUAAAUUCCCACUCGCAUUCGCGUGAAUAUUUCGUCAGGGUAUUUCAAAGCUAGCUUUGACGUGACUCUACAGCACGCUGCGACAAGUAGGUACAAGCUUCUAGGUAGAAUUGAGUGACAGAAUCUGUUAAUUACUUCCAGGCUUAGUUCAGUCGGGAUCACCAUUCCUAAAGGUAAGUCCACAUCAGAGGCCAGCAGAGCUUCCAGUAGAGUAAAUCCUAAAGUUACAUGCUCCGGCAAGCUUGUCUGCUGAUUUACAACAUUCAUUAUUCCGCUCCCUGCGUAAUAAAACAGCAGUUCAAUUUUAUAAUGAAACGCGUCGCCAUAUCUUGACUUGGUCCGCCAUAAAACAAUUUCCUUGUCGCUGUCUAGAACAAUUCUCUCGCAAUUAUCAGGAAUUGUGAAUUCAUUGCGAUGGAGGGUACAUUCUUUUUCAUAAGGCCGGUACGGCUGCCUGGGACCAGCGUUGGGAGUGAAGUUACGAUGAAUGGGUUCUUCUAGAGUCACCGAGUCUAAUUCUUCCAAUCUAGCGGCUAUUUUUUUAGCACUGGGCAGCGAAGCGUUGGCCAGUCCAGUAGCAAUUCGCGUUAGUGGUUCAAAUCUGUACGGAAAAAGCGACACUGCUCGGUGAAAAAGCGGCCAGAGACCUCCUUCUUCAUUUCUGUCGUUCCAAAAUUCUGUUGCUGUUUCAGGGUAGCGUAAAAUUGAAGCAACUACGUCGAAAAUUCCUUCGAAAUUGCUGAGCCUGUCCUCGUCGACAAAGGAGCAUAAUAAUGACAAAAGAUUGUAGAUACUUGUGCGUACUACUUGCGCAUAGCGCGUAGAUUCGUUGAUUACUUCGCUGUCCAGGACACUUUGGAGCGUUCGGAAGACAUCCAGCUGGACUGCUCGGACUCCGCAAGGUCUAAAGCGGUUUAAUAAUUCAGAAUUUUCAGGCUCCACUGCAAAAUUUACCAACAUCCAGACUAACAACAGCGGACCGUCUUCUGGAGAACCGUCUCUGCGGCAUUUAGGCUCUACUAAUUCUUGGAUAUUUUCUCUGAGUCUUUCAACCCAAUUGUAAACUUCGUCGCUACUCGCGCUGUUUUCGUAACGCUUGGUUACAUCAAGGGCUACUACAAAUAAAGCGAUUUGACAGUGACGAAUUUCUUCGAGUUGUUUUGUGAUUUUUUCCUUGUCCUCGUGGCUUUUUGUACCGGCCAGACGACGCGGCUCGCCGCAAACGCUCUCGUAGAUGUUCUGGAAGUCACUAGGUUGCACGGUGUCUAGUAACAUUGUGACUAUGUGGAGCAGCUCACGCAUCUCCACCAGGGUGCUGUUGUAUAAUUUGUGGAGGUGAUCAUCUGUAAGAAGGUGAGAUCUGUUGGCGAUACUGGCAGACUUGAGGCGGUCUAUUUGCUUUAGUGAGGACUCCAGAAUUGAUUCCAAAGAAGCUUUUUUAAAAAACUCGGAAAAUUCUGAUUGAUAAGGAUGACGCUUGUUGUCUCGGUACUCGAUUAUUAGUUUUAGACAUUUUAUUAAUGUUAUUCGCUCGGAGUAAUAAAAUGUCCAGAUAUCUUCGAUUAGAACUUUCAUGGAGGUUAUAUCCGCGAGAUGGGAUGCGAAGGUUUCGCCACUGUUUCUGUACUCGUAGAUCAU